CCAGAACUUCAUUUAGCAGAAAUCACAAGGUCAACGAUUACUUCUCAGCAAACUCGUGAGGAAAAGCUUGCGUCGGACGGCCAUGGCGGCAGCGGUGAGGAGGUGCAUCCUGUACACGGCAUUGUCGCUGCUGGUCUUGGGAUCUUCUUUGGGAUCUUCGGCCGGAAGCCCCGAAGCAUCUUUCGUGAAGAAGACCAUCUCUUCGCACAAGAUCGUCAUCUUCUCCAAGUCCUAUUGCCCAUACUGCAGGAAGGCAAAGGCUGUAUUCAAGGAAUUAAACCAGAUACCUCAUGUUGUUGAGCUUGAUGAGAGAGAUGAUGGAUCGGAAAUUCAGGAUGCCUUAAGUCAAAGAAUAGGGAGGCGUACUGUACCCCAGGUGUUUAUAAAUGGCAAGCACAUUGGAGGUUCCGAUGAUACAGUCGAAGCGUAUGAAAGUGGGGAAUUAAGUAAGCUCCUAGGAAUUGAUGGAAAACAGGAGGAGGAACUGUGAGGAAGUGUGUUGUGGAUAACUGAGCAUCAGUUCCAGUACUGGGCUUGGUUUGCCAUGAAGGAAAAUUCUGCCCAAUAUAUGGAUAAGUAGACCUGGCUCGAAAUACAUGGACUCUUUGAGUGUUCUAUGUUUCAAUUGUAGCAAGUGCUAAAUUAUGUGAGCAUCUUCUAUGGAGCAUUUUGGAUUUUUUUUCCUUUUCUGGGAAGGGAGUUACCCUUGUGCAAUUUCAUCCAUCUAAGGUGUUUCUUGUUUCAAUCA